UUGGGUUAUGUUGGUUGUUUUGAAUCGUUUGUUGAUAAUCUUUUUUGAUAGUUUUAUUAAUUUUGGGUGUUUUGCAUGUGUUUCGAAUGGGGGUGGGUGGAUAGGGUGCCAGAUUUCAUUCAGAAUCAUACAGUGCCAUUGAAAAAUGACUUCGACAAUAGUCCGUGAGCUGCAGAAUUCGAUUUUCGAACCAAACGAGGAAAGAUUGAUAACCUGUUGCCUGGUCAGCAAGUAUCUUAAGAAAAAGAAAACGUCUAUCCUCUGCCUGGCUAGCACUACAAGUGUCCCCUACUUCAUCACCCUGAUCCAAGUGAAGCAAACCGACAAGAAUGUCUUCAAGAAGAAACGAACUUGGGCUCUGGCCGACCUCAAGUCCGUGGACGGACACAAUGAGUCCUAUGACACUUUGGAGUUCGAUUUGCACCUCGAUAAGGUGUACCGUUGGGUGGCAAUGAAUUCCAAGGAACGUCAUGCCUUCAUCCACAAUAUCUGGAAGCAGGCAACUAGGCACAUGAAGGACAAGCCUUUUUUCAAGAAUGUUCCUAAAGCCUGGGUCACUGAAGAUGCUAUGACUCCUGACCACAAAUUCAUCACUUCUCCUCUGAUGGCUUUGGAUAAUGAUUUGGUUGAUGAUUUUCAAGCCAUCACAGACAGGGAGCAAGAGGAUUUGAAAAAGUUGAUGUCUGGAUGUGAAUUUGCCAUCAGCAAUGCAGAAGGCUUCAUGGAAGUGCUCGCCAGAGAUUUGUCACUGCUGGACGGCGAGAAUGUACAGAGCGUUCUGGCAUCAGAGGAUCAGGUGGAGACGUUCAUGGACCUGCUGGACACUGCCAUUGAGGAGGCCGAGCGCCUGGAGGACCAGCUGACCGCCUACGACGACAUCCUCUGUCACGUGAGAGACGGCUUGGAGCACAUGGAGCUGAAGAACUCGACCAUCUCCAUUGCCAACGAGAACAACCAGUGGCUGAUGCAGGAGUUGGAGAAUAUAGUGUACAAAUUGAACCUGCCCCUCGAACACCAAGAGACGCUGCAAGCGGCCGACUUCAACACCCCGGAGCGUCUGGCAGCGGCGGUGAAGGCUGCGAACGCCCUCAGAGCGGCCAUGAACUGCGACAUCGACAAGGCUUUGCUCCAAAUGACCGCCGUACAGGAGCAACGAAAGAAGUUCGACAAGCUGAAGGAGAAGUUCUCGCGGGACCUGUGCCGGCAGCUGAACAACCUCUUCAUCCACUAUGGCAACCACAAGGGCGAAGCCGAUAGGAACUCGGAAGGGCUGGCCCUGCCGCAGCACGGUGCCGUCCACAGGGUGCUCGAGCCCUACACCGAACUCAUCCAUUGGAUCAAGGUCAUGGAUAAAAGGAUGUACGAGUCUUUGAAGGAGGUAUACACGACUGCACUUGGAAAAUUGUACGAUAGAGAUCUAAGAGGGUUGUUCAACGCUGCCAGAGAAAAAAUUGCAGCUUAUAGCAAUGUUACGUCGCCAGUUACGCUCAUCGGGCUGGACAGAGACCAAUGGACCUACGAAACGAGUACCAAGGACCGCGAGCGGUACGAUUCGGUACUCGAAGAGGUACUCACGCAAUUGGAACCCGUGUUUCUGCAAGAACAACAGUUUUGCUUCAAGUUUUUCCAACUCGAUGUUAUAAAUCCUUCGACGAAAAACACUCUGACCACCCUGGACGGGGAAUGGGACGCUGCAGCGGUGCCUAUCAAGAAGGCCGAGAAGCAAAUCGAAGAGGACGUCCGAAGUAUGAUGAGCACCUUAUUCGCCUGCUUGAAGACCGAAUUGGAUCUCUUGAUAGACCACAUCAAAAAACAGGACAGCUUCUAUUGCAUGUAUGUGCUGGUGCGGUUCAACCAACACGUCAGAUCUGCUCAGAGCUCAUUUCUGAGCAAUACCUUCGCCUCGCAGCUGAUCGAGGUCAAACGCUCGCUGGACCAGUUCGUUCAGCAACAGAUCGAUUCGAUCAGAGAGUGCCGCAUUGCGAGAAAAUCCAAAUGCGGCAUCUUACCAUACGUGUCAAACUUGGAGGUGUUCUCGCACAACGUCGACUGUCUUCUGAAGAGUGACAGGAGAGCGGAUCUGGAAAAAUGGUACACCAGACUGGUGGACACCAUGUUGGAGUACAUCUCGAUACAUUCCGUCGACCAGAAGACUCCCUCGCAAGUCAUCAAAAUGGAAAACUAUCACCACUUAUACUCGCUGUUAUCCCAAUUGAAAAUAUCGGCGUUGGACAGUCAGAGGAAGGAAGCGAAACAGAAAUACAAUGACGCGUUGCAAGCCUAUGUGACCUUGUAUUUCGGAAGGCCGCUGGAAAAGUUGAAUACAUUCUUCGAAGGGGUCCAGGCUAGAGUGGCUAGCGGCGUGAAGGCCUCCGAAGUCAGCUACCAGUUGGCCUUCAGCAAACAGGAAUUGAGGAAAGUCAUCAAUCAAUAUCCAGGAAGCAUGGUGAAAAAAGGUUUGGAAUCACUGUAUAAGAAAGUGGAAAAACAUUUGUCCGAAGAGGAAAAUCUGCUGCAAGUAGUUUGGAGAGCAAUGCAAGAGGAGUUCAUCAGGCAAUACAAAAUGUUGGAAGAUUUGAUCCAACAGUGCUAUCCGGGGUCUAUGAUCACUUUGGAUUUUGCUAUUGAAGAUAUUUUACAUUUCUUUUCUGACAUUGCUCGGUCUCAUUGAUUCUAUGUUUUAAUUAUAUCAAAGUGUAUAAAGUACAGUUAGGUCGGAAGAUUAUAUAUCAAGUAAUAUUUGUUAAUAAGUGUUUCAUUCAAGCCUAGAAUAAUAAAAUAUCACUACCAGG